AGAAAGUGCAAGGUUCAUUCACGCCGAAUCGAUAAGAUAUGGGAGGAGGCAAUGCCCAAAAGUCGAAGAUGGCGCGUGAAAAAAACCUCGAGAAGGCUAAAGCCGCCGCAAAAGGGAGCCAACUAGAAUCAAACAAGAAAGCAAUGUCGAUUCAGUGCAAGGUAUGCAUGCAGACAUUUAUUUGCACAACGUCUGAGGUGAAGUGCCGAGAGCAUGCGGAAGCAAAGCAUCCAAAAUCCGACGUCUAUGCAUGUUUCCCUCAUCUGAAGAAGUGACGAAGCUGGAUCAAAUAUAAUGUGCCUACUUUUAUGUAGACUUUUAAUUUGGAUAUUAGUCAUGUAAAAGCCUCCAUGGUUUAUAGAUGCUAAGGACGAUUAGUUCAUUCCUGCAUCAAUGUUAAAGUGAAGCAUUGAUGUUAUUGUAGCAUUGUUUCAGAACACUUGCUGUCGUUCUUUUCUCCCUUAAAAUUCUUUCCACUUGCAUGUCAUUUAUUCA